AUGACUUUUGUGCCAGUGAUACCGGAGUCCUACAGCCAUGUACUGGCAGAAUUUGAGUCUCUGGAUCCAUUACUUUCAGCCCUGAGGCUGGACUCCAGUCGUCUAAAGUGCACGAGCAUAGCUGUGUCUCGGAAAUGGCUGGCUUUGGGCAGUUCGGGAGGAGGACUCAAUCUCAUUCAGAAGGAAGGCUGGAAGCACAGGCUUUUUCUUUCACACAGGGAAGGUGCAAUUUCUCAGGUUGCCUGUUGUUUACAUGAUGAUGAUUAUGUUGCUGUAGCUACCAGUCAAGGUCUCGUAGUUAUUUGGGAAUUAAAUCAGGAGCGUCGUGGGAAACCAGAACGAAUUUAUGUGUCUUCAGAACACAAAGGCCGAAAAGUUACAGCUCUCUGUUGGGAUACAGCUAUUCUUAGAGUUUUUGUAGGUGAUCAUUUGGGGAAAGUUUCUGCCAUCAAACUCAACACUUCUAAACAAGUAAAGGCAGCUGCUGCUUUUGUGAUGUUUCCUGUUCAGACAAUAACAACAGUUGACUCCUGUGUUGUCCAGUUAGAUUAUUUGGAUGGAAGACUACUUAUAUCCUCACUUACUCGAUCCUUCUUGUGUGACACUGAGAGAGAAAAAUUUUGGAAAAUCGGAAGCAAGGAAAGAGAUGGAGAAUAUGGAGCUUGUUUCUUCCCUGGAAGAUAUUCUGCAGGCCAGCAACCCCUAAUAUAUUGUGCUCGCCCUGGCUCUAGGAUGUGGGAAGUGAACUUUGAUGGGGAAGUUAUAAGCACACAUCAGUUUAAGAAACUCCUCUCGUCACCACCUCUCCCUGUGAUUACUCUAAGAUCUGAACCUCAGUAUGAUCAUACAGUUGGAUCUUCCCAGUCUUUGUCUUUCCCCAAACUCUUGCACCUUAGUGAGCACUGUGUGGUGACGUGGACAGAAAGAGGAAUUUAUAUUUUCAUUCCUCAGAAUGUUCAAGUUCUUCUUUGGAGUGAAAUCAAAGAUAUUCAGGAUGUGGCCGUCUACAAGAAUGAGCUGUUCUGUUUGCACCUGAAUGGGAAAGUCUCACAUCUUUCUCUGUUAUCUGUGGAACGCUGUGUGGAGCGCCUGCUGAGGAGAGGCCUGUGGAACCUGGCGGCUUGCACCUGCUGUCUUUUCCAAAACUCUAUCAUUGCCAGCAGAGGAAGAAAAUCUUUGACUGUGGAUAAGUUGGAGCAUUUGAAAUCUCAGCUGGACCUCACAACCUAUAGUGAUCUGAUUUCUCAACUGGAAGAAUUGAUCUUAAAAUUCGAACCUUUGGAUUCAGCUUGCAGCAGUAGAAGAAGUUCCAUUUCAUCACAUGAAAGUUUCAGCAUCUUGGACUCCGGUAUUUAUCGUAUCAUUAGUAGUAGAAGAAGCAGUCAGUCAGAUGAAGACUCUUGUUCUCUUCACAGCCAAACUCUCUCAGAAGAUGAGAGACUCAAAGAAUUCACCUCACAUCAAGAAGAGGACCAACCGGAUCAGAGUUGGAGCUCACACGGGAAUGAAGACAGUGUUUCUCAUGUUCCCGUGACGUUUGAGACAGAUAAGAAUGAAACAUUCCUUCCCUUCAGCAUUCCAUUACCAUUUCGUUCUCCUUCUCCUCUUGUGUCUCUUCAGGCGGUCAAGGAAAGUGUCUCUAGCUUUGUACGUAAAACUACUGAGAAGAUUGGCACCCUUCAUACAGGCCCUGAUUUGAAAAUAAGACCAGAACCCAGGGGUGAUGAGCAGUUAUGUGAAGAGGAUAUGAGUCCAGUCACUUGCCCAAAAGAAGAAGACACUGAGGAGAAAAAAGAAGUAAUUAGUCAACCUCCAGAAGAGGACAAGUUCCAAGACCUCAAAGUAGCAACAGCAGAAGCAAUGACCAAGCUACAGGACCCACUGGUUUUGUUUGAACCCAAGUCUCUGAGAAUGGUUUUACAGGAGUGGCUUUCGCAGUUAGAAAAAACAUUUGCCAUGAAGGACUUUUCAGGCAUUUCAGAUACUGGUAACUCAUCCAUGGCUUCAAACCAGGAUGUGCUAUUGUUUGAUGAGUCAAAAAAGGGAGUAUUAGAUGAAGAUAAUGAAAAAGAAAAAAGAGACUCUUUAGGCAAUGAAGAAACUGUUGAUCAAAGAACAUGUGAAUCUACAAGUAGUCUGAGGGAGCCCUUGGAUGACCUUUUCCAAGUGUGUUCUCCAUGCAGCAUAGCUAACAGUCUUCAGAAGGAUCUGGCUGAAUUGGCAACGUUGUGUUUGGAAUUGAAUGUAUUGAAUUCUGAGACCAAAAGCACAAGUGGACAUGUGGACCACACUUUGCAACAGUACUCUCCUGAAAUUCUGGCUUGUCAGUUCAUAAAGAAGUACUUUUUUGUCCUGGACUUGAAAAGAGCAAAGGAGAGUAUCAAGCUUAGUUACGCUAAAAGUCCUUGUGUUUGGGAUACUUUUAUUGAAGGAUUGAAAGAAAUGGCAAGUUCCAGUCCUGCGUAUAUGGAGAUAAAGGAAGGAGACCUACCAACAAGAUUAAAGUUAGUGAAUGACUCAGUCCCCUUUGACAGUCCUUUGUUGAUUGCUUAUGCCGCCAGAUUGUAUGAAACAUUUGGAGAAUCUGCUCUUCGGUCCUUAAUCAGGUUUUACCCAUCUAUUUUGCCUUCGGAUGUCAUGCAACUUUGUCAUCAUCAUCCUGCUCAGUUUUUGGCCUAUUUAGACAGUCUGGUGAAAUCAAGGCCUGAAGAUCAACGGCCAUCUUUCCUCGAGUCCCUUCUACAACCAGAAUCUUUAAGAUUGGAUUGGCUGCUUUUAGCAGUGACCCACGAUGCUCCCCCAAGCACAAGCACUAUGGAUGAUGAAGGAAACCCCAGGCCCCAUUCACACUUGCUUUCCUGGGGUUACAAUCAGCUGCUGCUCCAUCUCAUUAAACUCCCUGCAGAUUUUACAACCAAAGAGAAAAUGGCUGACAUCUGUAGGUCUCAUGGUUUCUGGCCUGGGUAUCUUACUCUUUGUUUGGAGCUGGAGAGAAGAAGAGAGGCCUUCACCAACAUUGUGUGUCUAAACGAUAUGAGCCUGAUGGAAGGGGACAAUGGUUGGAUCCCAGAGACUGUGGAGGAAUGGAAGCUUCUCCUACAUCUCGUACAGAACGAGAGUACAAAGCCAGCCCCCCAGAAGUCACAGAAUGGGAACUUCAGUGAUGGGCCUUCCCCCAUCAAUGUGGAAAAUGUGGCACUUCUGUUAGCUAAGGCCAUGGGCCCAGAUCAGGCCUGGUCAUUGCUACAGGAAUGUGGUUUGACCCUUGAGCUGUCACAGAGGUUUACUAGAACCUGCGAUAUCCUAAGGAUUGCGGAGAAAAGACAGAGAGCCUUGAUACAAAGCAUGCUUGAAAAAUGUGAUCGGUUUCUCUGGUCUCAGCAGGCCUAG